GCGCACUGCCGCGCGGCUCUGCCCUUUUAACGGCCGGGCUCGCAGAGCUGGAGCGGGGCACCCGGGAGGGCCGAGCUGAGGCUCGGGGCUGUGCGUAGAGGCACAAUGACUACCGUAGCCCAGAAGCACUUUCUGGAAGGGCAAACGUAUUCCGUCCCCCUGAUCCAACCAGACUUGCGCAGAGAAGAGGCUGUUCAGCAGGUGGCAGAUGCACUUCAGUACCUGCAAAAGGUGUCAGGUGAUAUUUUCAACAGGAUCUCUCAGCGGGUGGAAACCAGCCGGGCACAGCUUCAGGCAAUCAGUGAGAGAGUCACGCUCGCACAAGCAAAGAUUGAGAAGAUCAAGGGCAGCAAGAAGGCUAUUAAGGUAUUUUCCAGUGCCAAGUAUCCUGCCCCUGAACGGCUGCAGGAGUACUGUUCGAUUUUUGCUGGUGCAGAAGACCCAGCUAAACAGAAAUGGCCAAGACACAAGAUCCAGAGCAAGCACCGAAUGCUGGAUGAAAAAUCCUUGCAGGAGAAGCUCAAGUACUUCCCAGUGUGUGUGAACACCAAAAUUCACCAGGAAGAUGAUGCAGAAGAAGGUCUCGGCAGCCUCCCAAGGAACAUCAGCUCUCUCAGCUCCCUGCUGCUCUUCAACACCACGGAGAACCUAUACAAGAAGUAUGUUUUCCUGGAUCCACUAGCUGGAGCAGUGACCAAGACCCAUGUGGCUCUGGAAACAGAGACAGAAGAGAAGCUCUUUGAUGCUCCUCUCUCCAUCACCGAAAGGGGACAGCUGGACCGGCAGGUAGCUGAAAAUUACUUCUACGUGCCAGAUCUGGGCCAGGUCCCUGAGAUUGAUGUGCCAUCCUACCUGCCAGACCUGCCUGGCAUUGCUGCAGAUCUCAUGUACAGCGCUGACCUGGGCCCUGGCAUCGCACCAUCUGCUCCAAGCAGUGCUAUUCCAGAGCUACCCACUUUCAGCACUGAGUCAGUGGAGCCUUCACAAGCAGACCUUCAGGAUCCUGGGCUCUUGCCACCUCCCCCACCACCUCCUCCCCCACCUCCUCCUGUUACACCAACUAUUGUGCCUCCCCCACCACCCCUGCCACAACCUACAGCCCCAUCUGAACCAGCCCGGACAGCAAGUGAGGACAGCAGCAAGCCUGCAGCUUCAGUCCAGGGAGCUCCAAAGGAGGUGGUGAACCCCUCAACUGGGCGUGCCAGUCUCCUGGAAUCCAUUCGCCAGGCCGGGGGCAUUGGGAAGGCCAACCUCCGCAGCGUAAAGGAGAGGAAGCUGGAGAAGAAGAAGCAAAAGGAACAAGAACAAGUGAGAGCUACAGGACAAGGUGGAGAUCUGAUGUCAGACCUCUUCAACAAGCUGGUGCUGAGGCGCAAAGGUAUUUCAGGGAAAGGGCCGGGAGCCUCAGGAAACCCCGAUGCUCCUGGCAGUCCUGCUGGUGCCUUUGCUCGUAUAUCAGACUCGAUACCACCCCUCCCACCCCCACAGCAGCCCCCGGGUGAAGAGGAUGAGGAUGACUGGGAGUCAUAGAUGGUAGCAGUUGUGCAUCAGCAUGAAUCCCAGGACUCGAACUACGCACCUUUGAGUCACCAGUCUGGAAGGAUCUACAGAAAGUGGGCUCUGGCAUGGGAGGGCACCCUGUUAUUUCUUCUGGAAGAGGAGCAGCAGGAACUAACCACAACCAAAUUGUUACCAAUGAGGGAUUUUCUUCUGCUGUCUGCUGGUCUCCACUCCAAAUACUACAAUCCAGCUCAAAUCCUGCUGCAGCUCACAAUGAAUCAAUAAAUCCUGCCUUAGCUGGAGGGCAGUAGGGCAGCUUGCACUCAGAGGAUCAGAACAAGUAUUGUUCCUGAUUUAAAGGGCCGUUGGUCUUGCCUAACGUGACUGGUGAUGACUGCCGGAGCAUUUCUGGCAGGCAAACAGUCCUUGACUCAUUUGUCUCUGCUGUGUGCUUGCUGAAGCUCAUGUUUGUUUAGAUGUUGCAAGUCCUGAGUCCUUGAAGAUGAGGCUGGAUAGUGGUGAGUGAAUGAAAGUGGAAGAGAGAGUCUGUCUGACCCUUCACGGAAAAGUCUAAUUACUGGUGCCUCUGUACUUGAUGGUUUCUUUCUGUCCCUGCCUUAUGGCAAUUCUUUGGCUGUUGCUUUCUGAAAAAUUGCAAUAAAGCUCAAGGAAGGAG